AUGUGGCCAACAUGAGACGUCUCCUCACUGCACUUGCCAUUGCACUGAGUUGCAUUUACUUGAAGGUCUCUGGGACACUGGUGAAGGUAGUGGUCAAGCCUGGAGAUAAUGCAAUUCUAAAUUGUGACCGUCAGAUUAUCGAGGGACAAGACAUCCAAUGGGUGAAGAUCUGCUCUUCACAAAUCCAACCACCACUAAUCAUCUCUGCAUACAAUACCCUUUUAUUUCCUUUUCCUCGAUUCUCUCUGUCAUGGAACAAUACUUCAAAAUCCCAUGACUUAGUAAUAGAGAACAUCACCGAAGCAGACCUUGGACUCUACUAUUGCACUAGGGUAGAAAAAAAGAGGAUUGAGCACAAUAGGAUCAUCUUUGAGAGGGACGUGUUCCAUUUGGGUGAAACUCUCACAAAGCUGACAUACGGAGCUUCAAGCGAUCCUGAACAUCUUGAUUCACCUGCAUGUUCAUUAAACGUCUCCUCAGGAACCCACUCUGAUCCAAACUGCCAUUGUUGGCAGUGCUGGCUGAUACUGCAGACAAUGUGCCCAGCAUGUUCUCUUCUCUCUGCCAUGUUGGCCUUUGUUUGUGGGUACAAGUGCUGUCACAAGACAGAGAUUACUGCUCUAUCCAUAGUGCCGAAGCAGUUUGAAGGUCUUCCAAGCAGCUUUGAGAUGCAAAGACAGCAAAAUCAAGAACAGGAUGUUCAUGCAGAAGUUUACUACGCAUCACUAAACAUCCCCAAACGAGGAAGCAAACUGGCAAAGAGCAAGCGAUUGCCAAACUCUGACUACAGUGUGUACAAUGAUAUUAAAAUGCACUGUUAAGGUAUACCCUGCAGGGGUUUAUUUUGAAAUAGUAACUAGCUUACUGCACAUUACCCCGUUUGUUACACAACCACUUACAAAUAAAUAAAUGUACAUGAAAUAUAAAUUUUAAUUGCAAUUAUUUUUGUGACCACAAAGUGAUUGGAGAGACAUGAAACUCUAGAAAACAACUACACAGUCAGUUACACAGUUUAGUGGUCAUCUAUGUCAAUUACACAGUUUAGCACUUGUUCUUUUUAAGGUAAAUUCACUCUUCUAAGGUAUGCAGUGUAUUAAUGACAUUAUUUUAUCAUAGUUUUAUUGAAUCUGUUAUUUCAUAUUGUAUUGUGAUGUGGCUCAAUAAUAGUAAAAAUAGGCUGACAAGGCUAAUUAAAACUGCUUCUAAGGUGAUAAGGGGUGCAACAAGUUCAGCUAAAGGAAAUGUAUAACAAACAAGUCAUUGAGAAAGUGCAUACAAUCCUGAAUUAUCCAAACCAUCCACUUUACAAAGAAUUUGUUCUUAAGCCAUCAGGCCGUAUAUAUUUAAAGUCAGGGGGAAGAACUAAAAUAUUUAAAAACUAGUUCAUUCCUGUAGCAGUCAGUUGGUUAAACUCAUUGUAGUUUGAGACUUAACUGUUUUAAUAAAUUUUAUUGGGUAGAAAUUGUGAAUUUUAUUUGUGUAUAUCCUGACAAAUCCAUAUUGCUCUUGACCUAAAUAUAGAUCUCUUUUUGCUUUUUGUGUUAUGUUGACUUGUGUGUUUGGAUGUUUUAACGUGACACUUCCCAAGGGAUAAAUAAUAAACUGAACUCAUAGAAAAAAUAUUUGACUGCAGAAUACAAUGACUGACCAGAUCAUAAUAUUAUAUUCUGUACUGUAAAUACUGUCAUAGAUCUUGAUCAGAAUCAAGUAUUCCA